AUGGAGGGACAAAACCUGAAAGGAGGAGGACUGCAAGCAACUUUGCUUGAAUCAAAGCCAGAUGCUACCGGAAUUGAUUGCGACAACAAGUUAACGCGGCGGCACGGUUCAUCUGUCACGGCAGUGCUUGUGUUUAGCACCUUGGUAGCUGUGUGUGGCUUCUUCUGCUAUGGAUUUGCUGUGGGCUACUCAUCUCCUGUUGAGUCUGGCAUCAUGGAAGACCUUGGCCUGUCAAUUGCAGCUUAUUCGGUUUUUGGUUCAGUAAUGACUGUUGGAGGAAUGAUAGGUGCCAUAUUAAGUGGCAGGAUAGCUGAUAUAUUAGGCAGGAGACUUGUACCUGUAUAUGUUGCAGAAAUAACACCAAAAGAUCUUCGAGGAGUAUUUACUGCAUUCAUUCAAUUGAUGAGUACAUUCGGGUUUUCAAUUGUUUUCUUCAUUGGAAAUGACAUUUCUUGGAGAACAUUGGCUCUACUCGGGGCUAUUCCAUGCCUGUUGCAAAUUAUAACUUUAUUUUUCAUCCCCGAGUCUCCAAGAUGGCUGGUAAAAGUUGGUAGAGAAAAGGAGUUUGAGAUGGCGUUGCAAAGCCUCAGGGGAGAGAUAGCUGACAUUUCUCAGGAAGCAGCUGAUAUUCGAGUAUAUUUCCGCUUUAUAAUUGUAGAAAAAGGAUUAGAGAUUGUACACAAGAUUAAUAAAGCAAAUAGUCACCUAGUAUGAAAAAAGAAUAUGUGCGA